AUGAUCCAUAGGCUACUACAACCACAACCGUUUUUAAAAAGACAGAGGAUAUAUUUUCUAGAAAUGAUGUAUCGCUCUCUUGAAGAUUAUGAUGAUGAGGAACUUACAAUAUUGACUGGCCAGUAUGAUAAACCAGAAAAGGAGGAAAGAACACGAAGAUCAUCCAGUUUUGCUUCAACUUUACCUUCAGCAUCAUCAUUACCAUCUAAGAACACACCACCUCUGCUGCCUAAACAUGAAUCAAAAUCUGGUGUAACAUCCCCAUUCAAGACUUUUUCUGGAGAUGUUCGUGAUGACAAGAAAACUCUCUUGGCUAACAUUCGGGGGAAGAUACAUAAGAAGUGGGAGGAACUUUCAGGAGAAUCAAGUUCAAGCCCAGAAAAUGAGAAUGAAAAAUGUCCAAGCCCACUUCGUAAACAGAAUUCUGAUGAGAAUACAGAAUCUCAGAUCCCCAAGAACUUCAACCUCAAAUCUACAGCAUUUGAUUCAGCUGAUGUGUUUCCAGAAAUUGAGCAGGCUGAAGAGCUAACAGAGGAACUUAUGCCAGAAAAUGGGAGUGUUCAUGAUGAGCUUUUCAUUAAUGAUGGCGUACUGGAGGAGGAACCUUUGGAAGAGAGUGAGAUUGGGCGCAGUGGAAUUACUUUUGAGCCAAUUACACAUUCACCCUCUCGCUCAACUCGUUCUACUAUCAGAGAGCGAAUUAGAGGUAAUCCUCCCAAAAAUUCUGAUCCUAUCCCUAUUGUUAUGUCAAGCCUUUUAACAGAGGAGGUCAUUGACAAUGAUGGCAGAAUUUAUUAUGAUGCUGAAGAUGAAGAGAAGAAGCAAACGUUGGUAGAGAAAGAAGGACUUGAGAAAAAGUCACAUCCCUCACAACCCAAGCAGCUUGUGCUCAAAGAAAGGAAAGUGCCCUUCCAAAGACUAAUAACUGUUGUCCUCUUGCUUUUUGGUUAUCUCAUAGUUCCUAUGCCAUCAUAUGUGGCUGGUAUCAUUACAGGUGCUAUCAUCACAUCAGCUAUAUGGCUGGUUUACUUACGGUUUCUCUCAGUCUAUAGAGCCACCUACUGGACAGAAGAAACCAGAAGGCCUGGCCACCAUGUAACACCUUGCCUUGAUCAGUUACCUCCAUUAUUGGUACCAGAAAUGAAAGAUCCAAAGCAAGAUGAUAUUCAAAUUUAUAAAGGUUGGAUGAAUGAACUGUAUUAUUAUGAUCCUGAUAAUUACCAUAUCAAUAAAACAAAUUCUGUGUAUGUUCGACUUGAAGGAGUGUCACUGCGUCUUUCUAGCCCCAAGGUCAAUGUACCUAGACGAGCUAUGUACGAUGAGAUCCUCUCUCCUCCAAAUUUUAUUCACCAGCGCCAUUAUGAUAUGAAGGAUAGUAGAGUGUUUCUACAGCCAUCAGGCUUGGUCAAGAAACGUCUCUGGAGCAAGAAGUACCCAAUAUGUAUUGCCUUAUCUGAGAUUAAUUUAAAAAAAUCUGCUGCAACACCACAGAAGCAAUUAUCUAAAGUUGAUAGCUUUUCACAGAGCUUUGACAUGGGCUUUGAAGUGGUUACUGAGCAAAGUUGUAAUUCAUGCAUCCUUUAUCUUUUUGCACGCACUGGCCGUGAGAAGGAAGAAUGGUUCAAGAGAUUUCAGGCUGCUGCUAAAGGCAAUCCACUUGAGAACCAUAUUCUGGAAAUCAGAAAAUCUCUUAAAGACCCCCCUCACCAUAAACGCAGUGACUCUGAUACAAAUAUAACGGUCACCAAUGGCAUACACAAGCAUAGGCGUCACAGUUCAAUGGACUCUGUAAACUCAUCUGUGGUCUCCACUCCACCAGUUGAGUCAACAACCAAUCAGUCACCCAGGAUGGAAAAACCUUAUCAAAUUGAUAUUAUCAAGUUUUCUCAGUAUAUGGCAAAGCUGAUGCCAGCUACAUCCGAGAUAAAUAAGCAAAAUUCUUCCAGUUCUAAGUCUCGUCGGGAAUCGUCCACUGUAUCUGCUUCUACCACUCCAAGUAGCCCAACUGCUCGAGAGACACCCACUUCUGAUCUCCCCCCUAGCAUUAUAGACUUUUGUGAGCCUCAGCUUCUUUGGAUAAAUGCUCUGAUUGGGCGUUGUCUGUGGGAUUUUUUACAAGACAAAUCUUGGACUGAUAAAGUUAUGGAAAAAUUGCAAAGGAAACUUAGCAAGAUUCAUGUUCCAUAUUUUAUUGAAGAAUUAAAGAUAACUGAUAUUGACCUUGGUACAGCCAUUCCAAUUAUACAGAGAUCUUCCAAACCUUACCUUGAUGAACGAGGUUUCUGGGUUGAUCUACAGACAACAUACAGUGGUGGCUUUAAAAUGACCAUUGCUACCAAAGUUAACCUCAUGAAAUUGAAAAAGUCUUCUCUGGAUAAAUCUCCUGAAUUAUCCAACAGACGGUCAGCAAUUACAGAUUCAAAUGAAGAAGACAGUGCUGAAUCUUCCACUGAUGAAGAACCAGAUGAUAAUGGCUUAGAAGAUAGUGGAGUACCCCAAAUGGUUGGCAGUGGCGGAAGUGGUGCAAGCCGCAAGAUUCUGAAAUAUAUCAACAAAAUCACUCAGUCCAAAUAUUUUCAGCAAGCUACAGAAUAUAAGUAUAUCAAGAUGGCCAUGGAAGAAGUGUCCAAUACGCCUCUCAUUCUCACUGUGGAAGUGCACAAUCUUAAUGGAACAUUAACCCUUAAUGUACCGCCCCCUCCCACUGACAGAUUGUGUGGAAAGUUUGGUGGUUACCAUUUAUUUAACAACAAGAAACAUUUGUGA